ACAUUAUAUAUUGCUUUGUAUUUUGCUCCGAGUGGCGCAUUUCUUGAAAAUAAUAGCCAUGAGAGAAGACAAGAAUACAUUUCAGGCUCUCGCAAUAAGUUUUUUAUUGGUUCUACCCACCUGCCUGGCCCUCCCGUAUGCCUCAUCUGGAGGCAAUGAUAUUGAUGUUGAUAACUCAGGCGGUGGACGACCUGUGGACUACCACACUGUUGUGGGCCACUUGAAGGACUUCUUCAUGUAUAUGCCAGUGAUGAUGACCACGCUGAAAGAGACCAUGUCCGGUUUCCCGAAAUUCGCCGAGGGCAUGCGUAUCCUGACCUCCGGAAAAGGACGAGCCGAUGGCGAGGACUGCAAGUGCAAUCAGAAUGGACUGGGCAGUGGGGAAAUCUUGGAUUCCAAUAGUCGAUUUGGGUGACCCGGAUUCAGAAGCCAAUUCCCCAGUAUGUGAAUAAACUAGACAGCCACAUCACAAAUAAAAAAUGAAUGGAAUGAAAUUAGAGAAGUUGGAAUGGAAGUUUAGGGAAUAUCAUAAAUUGGGAUAGAUCAGGACCUUAA